GUGAAGGUCAAAGACAGCAUGGCGGCGCGCAGUGUCAUGCAGUCUAUAAGGGCAGGGUCCAGAUCGUUUCACAGCAAUCUCUGCUCCACGGGUUUGUUUCAGAGACUACCGAGUUUCUUACAGCUCUCGUUUCUGGGGAGCACGCCGUGUCGUGGGCUCAGGCAUGUGGAGGAGAAGAAGGAAGGCAAAACGACAGUUAUAGAGGGGGUUAUAGAGCCUACAUCUGAGCAACCUCAGCCUCCCAACCCCACUGCUCCAUGCCCCAUCUACAGAUGGAACCUUCAAAACAAGUACAACUACACUGACGUCCUGUUACUCAGUCAGUUCAUUCGUUCAGAUGGUGGGAUGCUGCCCCGGCGCAUCACAGGCCUAUGUGCUCAGGAACACAACAAGAUAUCAAUUUGUGUGCAGAUGGCCCAUCGUGCAGGUCUCCUACCAGAUCAUCGACCCCGCUUGCCUGAAGGCCAUGUACCAAAACCUAAGCCAGUCCCACCUCUCAACAGGUAUCUGACACGGUACUCUGUGAAGUCUGUGAAGCCCAUUUACAAGACCGGGCUGAAAUGGUGCAAGAUUAGAAUGCCUGUAGGACAUACUGCCCUAAAAAACAAUGUCAGAUACAGCCCCAAACCACUGUACACAAAGCACUGACAGACAGAGCUGCUCACCCUGUCAAAACAGUGACUUCAUGUUUUUCAUGGAUGGGACGGUGGGAUUUAUGACUCAUGGAGUGGAUAUAUAAAACUGGAUUGGCAUUUUUUUCUCAUUGUUCAUUGCCUGGCAUACGAGAUGUAAUGGUGAUAUCAUGUGAAUUGUUAUUUGAUGAACCAUCAAGAAGAAAAUUCAGAAAUCCCUAUAAUGUCCUGAGAUUAACUCUAGCCCUAACUGCAGCCCUCUGAUUGUGCAUACUGUCUGAUUGUUGACAAUACAGUAUAUUAUCGCAAAGGCAGAUGUGCAAAUAAAACAGAUAUGUUUACCUCA